AUGGGGGAUCGUAGCCGCAGCCGCAGCAGAAGAAGGGACAGCCGGGGCCGCGAUGAGCGAAAAGACAGCCGCAGGCUUGGCUUACAACGGAUUGUGCUCCCUACUGCGGAGCUUUCUUGGCGACGUGCGGGCGGACGGAUGGAGGUGCCGGAGACGUUGCGCGCCAAGCUCUGGGCGGCGGUGUCCCGGAGCCGGGCAAUCCGCACCAAAGAGAUGCAGGCGACGAGGGAGAUGGCCGGGAAGUGA